UGCAAUUGAUGUGCUGCAUACUUACGCGAUUUGUCUUCUGCAAGAGUGAAAAGCGACAACUUGAAAGAGCGAUAAUAUGAUAGCACGCAGCUCUAUUUUUAAUGCAGAUGCUUUCCUUGUUAAGUAGUUAAGCGCGGGUAUAACAACAUGAAGUGACAUCGACAUGACCUGAUACCUUUCAAGGGCGCAGCGAUGGCGCUAAAGCGGCCCUCGUCGCGACCGACGGCGUCGUCGUAGUAGCUGGCACAGAGCUAGCUGGAAACCUCUGAUGAAAAACAGGAACACAACAUGACAACUUAACAUUGUACGUCGAGAGCCAAUUGUUACAAGUAUCAUGUUGUCAGCCAGCCCCUCCGCCCCUGACCUCGAGGGGAGAGGCAGGCAAAUUGUACGGAAGGUGAGGGAGAGACUCAUCAUUACACGUUUGGGCUACUCAGUAGCACCUUCAUCAACAGUAGAACGUGGAUCAACUACAUCAACGACCCACGGAGGAGCGACGACUACGUCACUCUCGUCUUCAUCGUCUUCGUCCUCGUCUUCAUCGAGCAAUGACGUGCCGCAUGAUGCAAAGGACGAAAGGAAGAUGCUGGACAAGAUCCUCAUUGUUAAGAUGAGUAUGACUAUUUAUAUAUAUUGAUAACUGCUCCUGCUUACAGAAACUUCUAAAAAUCAUAGUAGGUCUAGUUCAAGUUCAAGUUUUUGGUGUUGGUGGUAGACAGUGUUGCUCCUCGUGCCACUUCUAACUUCCUGUCCGACUCUGAGAGGAGGAGAGCGAUUACUAGCGGGCAGCAACGUCGAAGGCAAAAGCAGAAGUGGGCCAUUUUUAAGAGCUAACACUUAUAAUUCAAGGGGUCCUGCUGGAAAUUAUCAACACAGGAGGUGGACACUUUGGGGAUGACAACAUCCACAUCCACAAUUACGCUAUUAAGUACGUAUUAUUAUAGAAUAUAGAUAUGAUGAAUUUUCUACGCAGGAUUAGCUAGUCUUUUUAUGAUUAAUCGCCGUCUAGUCUAAACACAAAAAUAUUAUUAUAUAUAGAUAGAUGAUUUCAAGCAGCGCAAGCACUGUUCCCUCCGCAGCGUCAAAGCAUGAUAUUUAUUAUAAUUAUUAUAGACACAUCUGAGUCAAGGUCUAUGUCAAGGUCAAGGAGGACUACCAUCUUCCGCCGACAUUGUGAAGGAGGACUAUCAGCCGAGAUGUUUUUUCAUACAGUUGCUGAGUCUGGUCUAAUAUUUACUACCACCAUGCGCAGACCCUGUUGGCAGGGACCAGAUCCGCAUGGUCUUCUUUUUUGCAGCAGCAUACUAACGACCUUCGAAAAAACGUCACUUGUGGCAGAGAGUCUCGAUCUUCCUUGAUGUCGAUGCAUACUGUGAGUGUCCUUGUUGCUGCAGGUUCGAUAGCGAUAGUAUAAAUGAUUUUGAUUUUUAAUCAUGAUUUAGUAAUAGACGAAAACCAUUUUUAUUUUCUCUUUAUUGCACCUCCCCGUCACUCUCACUCUUCUAUCGAAGAUUUACAUUUAGAUUUAGUUGUUAAUGCUUAAUAUGCUAUCUGAAUCUGAAAUAACAAUAUGUCUUCUACUAAGAGUGGAAACUGCGGCUGAGACGGUUUGUCGUGUCAGUUGAGGAGCGAGCGAGACGAGCUGUGAAAUCCAACAAUGCCUUGAAGACAUGCACACGCUUUUCUACGUUAUUGUGCUUCUUGGUAUUAAGGCUUUCACUAUAAGUAAUUCAUCUGUACUACCUAGUUAAGUGCAUGCUUCAAAAGCAGGAUGCCGGAUAAGUGGUCGUGUGAUCUAGUAUCUUCACGACAGGAAAAAUAUAAUAAUCGCGGCUCCUGCGACGUCCUUCGAGAGUUAAAUACUUAACUUAUGUUCAAGAAGGAUGAAGCUGAAGGAUGCGGAGACGAGGUCUAAUUGUGUCUCUACCUGUAUUGACACAAGAACACGGAAACUUCCGUGGAGCAGCAUCACAAGAACACGGAAACUUCCGUGGAGCGGCAUCACAAGAACACGGAAAAUUCCGUGGAACGCAAAAACGGCGACCAGAUGAAUUAUGGUAUUGAUGAAAUGUUUCUCACAGGAACUUCCUCUCUAUAACUCUAGCCCAUACACCGUCGAGAAAUAGCAUUUAUUGAAUCCUAGCCCUAGGCCCUAAAUUUGACCCUAAGCCCCAACCUCCUCAUCAUAGCUCCGUAGCGCUGUAUAGGACGCGUUCUAGAUGAUCUUGAUGGUAAGCCCUAGCCCUAAGCCCAUUAUUCUCUAAAACCUGAAUUGUUCCUAAGCCCUUUUAUUCUCUAAAACCUAGCAUGGCAGUCGACCAAGACUGCACAUCGACGCCCGGUUCCUGCAGGCAAGGAGAACAGAACCAAGACUGGAAGUUAAGGAAGCGAGUCAGUGAACCCUCAACCACUUAAAUGUGGAGGCACCAAAUUCGUACUACUUCUAGCGAGUCAGUGAACCCUCAACCAAAUAAAUGUGGUAAAUACCAAAUUCGUACUACUUCUAGUACUCUUGUUCUUCCUCUAUGCAUACAAAUGAAAUCCUUUAUUUUGUUCAGCCUCGUCUUAGCAUAACUGCGUGAUAGAUAGUAGGACAGAUGUAAGGAAGAUCAAGAUCUUGUGGAAUUCGGACCUGAUAACUUGGUUUAAAGUACUCCUUCUUCUUGUGAGGUGUCCUGGAGAGGAGCGCGAAGAAGUUGAAGCUAUGGCGUACUGAAUACUGAAGAUGAACAUGAUGAAUCUAGAACUAGAUCUACAUCAUGACAGCAUUAUUAUUAUGAUUCAACUAUCUACGUUAUAGAUCAAAGCUGAGCUUUAGGCUUGGACAGGAGUAGUUUUGCGGCUUUUGAUGUACCGCACGGGAAUCACUGCAAAGAUGUGCGGGCUAGAUGUAUACGGCGGCGAUAUAUAUCGCGCGGCGUCCAUCUUUCUCGCAAAUCCUUGAAAAGAUGCAUGUGCGAGAUGAAAAGACGCGCGCGCGAGAUGUACUCACAACGGGGCGACCCGUGGGCUGAGGGGUUUGCGGAGUUCCAUACUGGUACUUUUGAGAUGUGCGGAAAUCAUGGGGAAGAUGUAUGGGCUAGAUGUAUCCACGCCAUAAAAAAGGGCGCCGCGAUUUUGAGCGCAUGUCUUCCACGGUCUUGCUCCUGGUAAGUAUUUCGGCAGUCAAAGCCUCGGGCUAUUUACGUGCUUCAUCAGUUGCGCUGUCAAUGCACUGCUGAGGUGUAGCUAGCAAGCUGGUUUGCUAGGCAUGGCUUGCCUGCUGGGCGUAGCUUGUUGGCCAAGUAUAGCUUGCUCUCUAAGCAUCGCUGGCUACGGUGGGCGCAGCUUGCUUUCUGAGCGUAGCUGGCUUGCUGAGCGUAAGUAGCUGACUUGCUGAGCGUGCCUGGCUUGCUGAGCGUAGCUGGCUCGCUGGGCGUAGCUGGCUUGCUGGGCGUGCUUGCUGAGCAUUUCUGGCUUUCUGGGUGUAGCUGGCUUGCUGGGCGUAGCUGGCUUGCUGGGCGUAGCUGGCUUGCUGGGCGUAGCUGGCUUGCUGGGCGUAGCUGGCCUGCGGGGAUGGGCAUAGCGUGCCUGCUAAGCGUAGCGGGUCCGCUGAGCGUCGCGCGCUUGCUGAGCAUAGCUCGCCUGCUGAGCGUCACCGUCUUGCUAUGCAUAGCUUUAGCUUGCAUGCUCAGAGUAGCUUGCUUGCCCGGCAUAGCUUGCUUUCUGCGCGUAGCUUGCUUGCAUACUAAGCAGAGCCCGCGCGCUAAGCGUGGCAAGCUUGCUCGCUGGGCAUAACUUGCCUGCUGAGCCGAGCUGGCUUGCUAAGCCGGGCGUGCUUGAUCUAAGCUUGGCUUGCUUGCUAAGAAUCGGCGUUGCUUGCUUGCUUGCUUGCUUGCUAGGCAUAGCUCGCGCGCCAGGCAUGUGCUAGGCAUAGGCUGCUCGCUAAGCGUGACCUGCUUGCUAGACGUCGCCUGCUUUCUAGGCGCAGCCCCGCUUGCUGGCUAAGACGAACCUGCUCGCUACGCGUAGCCCACUAACUUCUAUCUAAGGUGCUGCCAGUAUAUAUGUAGCACGUAAAAGCGUGCACGUGUAGCACGUAAGUCUUUCACUUAUGUCGUAUCUUGUUUAUCUUCGCGUCCUUCGUCUUACUCUUACGCCGGUAGGCCGUAAGCCUUUAAUGUAGUUGGUAGAAUUUGUAGGACCAUUCCGCCCUGCCCCGGUGUGUGUACACGCUGGGGGUACGUGGGCGGUGUAAAAUACUCACUGCGUCUUUCUAACAACUGAGGCAAACGGCGACGCCUCUUCUUUUCUCGAGAAAGAAACGUCAUGUGGAACCUCACGAAAUGUCAAGGAGACACCUUACGCGCAAGAUUGAUGGUCCCACUUUUACUGCUAGCUUCAAUAGAGACACUGACGAAAGACUGGCUAAAUCAGCAGGCUAACAAAGUCGGUUCGUAAAAAGGUCGAUGUAGUGCGAAGUUGAUUGCAGUGUAAGUCUGUGCUCGAUGAAGUACCUAUUUCCUCGUUAUCAACAAGAGUUGGAUUUGCUCCUGCUCAGUAGAAAAGAUCGAGAAUCAUGGGAGAGAUGUUAUGAUCUCUACGUCUACUAGAUUUAGUCUUAGUCUCUUCUACAUACUACUAGUACUAAAGAUAGAUAAGAAGAGUUGCACAUAAGUAUAAAAAAACUCAGACUUUUUUAUCUUCUCGUGAGCAUUGUCACUGUCUUGAAGGAAAAGCCCCUUUAAUCGAAGGAAUCCCAGACUUCUGGUGACCUGGAGCACCAACAUCUCUCUCAAGAAGCAGCAAAUGCAAAGGCAGAAGAGUCUGGGCAUGAGGACGCCCCGUCUUCAUCAUCAUCUACUCCUCAAAGCGAAGGUGCGCAAAAACCUGAAGCUGCUGCUAGUCAACAAGGUGAUGCGCGCAGCCCUGGCGCACCACCUGCCGCCGCUAGUUCACAAGAUGACAACGCUAGUUCGCAAUCUGCUGCCGCUAGUUCACGCUCAUCCUUUGACGCUGGGAAAAGUGGAGCCCCCAGUGGAGGGCCUACAGCUACAGACCCUGCUGCAAAAGUACUUUUUACUUCGUCGGGUUACCACAUAGUAUAAGUAAGUAGAUACUAUAUAAUGAUAAUCGCGCUUCUCAGAAUUUUUGACAAUAGAAGUUUUAUCACCCUUUCACUUUCAUCCUCGCUGAAGUCUUAUUGCUUGCUGCAAAAAACAGACUGAACGAUUGGAAGCAUACCAAAGCGAAACAAAUCAUGCGCUUGACGCAAUGAUCUCGAAGUUGAAGAGCAAAGCCUCCGAGAACGACGAGGUGGAGGGUUACACACCCAUAAACGAAAAAGUAUAAAAUUGAAACUUAGGCUCUCGCUCUGUCGUCAUAGUGAUAAGUUUAAGCGCGUACAAUCUUUCUUCAAAUCGAUCUUGUUCUGUUUAAGUACUCAAAAAGCCAUUAAGUAAUAGUAACUGUGCUUGUACUAGUACUCAACCAUACAUCUACUAGCUACAAAAUCGAAGACUGGCUUACUCUCCUUCCUAUGAUCACUCGAGCAACAGGGCUACAACUUUUCUGAUCCUACUUCUCAAACACAAACGCAAACUCAUCUAACGCAUGCUCACUCUUUGUUUGAUUCUCAUCAUCAUCUAGAUAACGGCUCCGGUGCCCUUGCUACUUGAGUUUAGCCGCAAUCGCCAAUCUAGUGGCAUCCGUGGCGGACGCAAUUAUGAACAGAAAUGA